AUGCCUGGGGCGGGCUCCCGGGGCCCCACCGCCGGAGACAGGCGGCUGCGCCUGGCACGACUGGCACUGGUGCUGCUGGGUUGGGUCUCCGCAUCGGCGCCCAGCUCUUCGGUACCCUCGUCUUCCACCUCCCCGGAGGCCUUCCUGGCCUCGGGGUCUGUGCAGCCUCCGCCAGCCGAGCGAUGCCCGGCGGCGUGCGAGUGCUCCGAGGCGGCGCGCACGGUCAAGUGCGUUAACCGCAACCUGAUGGAGGUGCCCGCGGACCUGCCUUCCUACGUUCGCAACCUCUUCAUCACCGGCAACCAGAUGACCGUGCUCCCGGCUGGCGCUUUCGCCCGGCGGCCACCGCUCGCCGACCUGGCGACGCUCAACCUCAGCGGCAACCACCUGAAGGAGGUGUGUGCAGGUGCCUUCGAGCAUCUGCCCGGCUUGCGCCACCUCGACCUCAGCCACAACCCUCUCACCAACCUCAGCGCCUUCGCCUUUGCGGGCAGCAACGCCAGCGUCUCAGCCCCUAGCUCCCUGGAGGAGCUGUUCCUGAACCACAUUGUGCCCCCUGAGGAUCAGCGGCAGAACGGAAGCUUCGAGGGCAUGGUGGCCUUUGAGGGCAUGGUGGCAGCUGCCCUACGCGCAGGCCUUGCGCUCCAAGGGCUGCAGCGCCUUGAGUUGGCCAGUAAUCACUUCCUUUACCUGCCUCGGGAUUUACUGGUCCAACUGCCAAGUCUCAGCCACCUGGACCUUCGGAACAACUCCUUGGUGAGCCUGACAUAUGCAUCCUUCCGCAACCUGACACACCUCGAAAGCCUCCACUUGGAGGACAAUGCCCUCAAGGUCCUUCACAACUCCACUUUGGCUGAGUGGCAAGGCCUGCCUCGUGUCAAGGUGUACCUGGACAACAAUCCCUGGGUUUGCGACUGCUACAUUGCUGACAUGGUGACCUGGCUUAAAGAGACAGAUAUGGUGCCCGAUAAAGCCAAACUCACCUGUGCAUUCCCAGAAAAAAUGAGGAACCGUGGCCUCUUGGAGCUCAAUAGCUCUGACCUGGACUGUGAUGCUCUCCUUCCCCCAUCCCUGCAGACUUCCUAUGUCUUCCUAGGUAUUGUUUUAGCUCUGAUAGGCGCUAUUUUCCUCCUCGUUUUGUAUUUGAACCGUAAAGGCAUAAAAAAGUGGAUGCAUAACAUCAGAGAUGCCUGCAGGGAUCACAUGGAAGGGUAUCAUUACAGAUACGAAAUCAAUGCGGACCCCAGGUUGACAAAUCUCAGUUCCAACUCAGAUGUCUGAGAAACAGGACUGGUCUGCAUGCGGUGUAGACUUC